ACAUACAACCUCUCCUCUCUCUCUCUCUCUCUCUCUCUAAAUUUCCGUGACUUCACUCCUCUCUUCUCUGAAUUGUCUUCAUACUACGCCACAACAAGUCUAUCAUGGCGAUUCCAUGAAAAUCAAGCAAUGUUGUCUCUUUCUUCCCAUUUUUCUCGCGUUAGUACUUUUUUGCUCUACUUGCUGCUCUGUUUCUUCAACAAUCUAGUGAUUAUUUCCGCAGAAACUGCUGAAUUCGAUUUUGGGACCUUGACCUUGAGUAGCAUGAAGCUUCUUGGAGAUGCCCAUCUGAACAAUGGGAGUGUUCGACUCACUCGUGACCUCGCCGUCCCCAAUUCUGGAGCCGGAAGGGUCCUCUACUCCAAACCCAUCAGGUUCCUGCAGACUGGAACACGCUCUCCGGCCAGUUUCUCCACUUUCUUCUCGUUUUCCGUGACCAAUUUGAACCCGUCCUCCAUCGGUGGUGGACUUGCCUUUGUAAUCUCGCCGGACGAUGAGACACUUGGAAACGCUGGAGGGUUCUUGGGGCUUGUCGGUGACAAUGGGGUCGGGUUGGGAUUUGUAGCUGUUGAAUUCGACACUCUCAUGGACGUAGAGUUCACAGACAUUAAUGGCAACCAUGUGGGUUUGGAUCUUAACAGUAUGGUUUCUCCGCAGGUAGGCGAUUUGGGUGCUGUAGAUAUCGAUCUCAAAAGCGGCAAUCUUGUCAACGCCUGGAUCGAGUACAAUGGGUCAAGUCGCGUUUUCAAUAUCUCGGUUUCCUACUCCAAUCUGAAACCCAAAGUCCCAUUUCUUUCCUUUCCUCUUGAUCUUGAUCAGUAUAUUAAUGACUUCAUGUAUGUUGGGUUCUCGGGUUCCACACAGGGGAGCACAGAGAUUCAUAGCAUUGAGUGGUGGAGCUUUAGCUCUUCUUUUGAGUCAUCAAAUUCGGGCUCUGAUUCCGGUCCGGCUUCAGUUCCGCCGCCCCCAACGACUAGUUUGAUGAACCCAACGGCUAAUUCAGUCAAGUCACCCCCGCCUUCGUUGGCUCCUACGGGGUCUGAUUCGAACACUAGUGCUCAACAGAAGAGCACCAAGUCUUCUUCUUGUCAUAACCAGCUUUGUAAGCAGGGUCCAGGGGCUGUUGCGGGGGUUGUGACUGCUAGUGCUUUCGGUUUAGCCAUUUUCGCAGGUGCUCUGGUCUGGGUAUUCUCCAAAAGAUUCAAACGACAAAAGAAUUCAGAGUCAUUUGCAUCGGAGAUUAUCAGAAUGCCAAAGGAAUUUAGUUAUAAGGAGUUGCAGUCAGCUACGAAAUGCUUCAAUGCGAACAGAAUUAUCGGCCAUGGUGCAUUUGGUACAGUUUAUAAGGGAAUACUGCCCGAGACUGGUGACAUUGUAGCCGUGAAGAGAUGUAGUCAUAACAGUCAAGGAAAGAAUGAAUUCUUAUCUGAAUUGUCGAUAAUUGGAGCUCUUCGACAUAGAAAUUUAGUUAGGCUUCAAGGAUGGUGCCAUGAAAAAGGAGAAAUUCUAUUAGUCUACGAUUUAAUGCCUAAUGGGAGCCUCGAUAAAGCUCUGUUUGAAGCAAGAACACCAUUGCCAUGGCCCCAUAGACGAAAAAUUCUAAUCGGUGUUGCAUCCGCAUUGGCAUACUUGCAUCAAGAAUGUGAAAACCAGGUAAUUCAUAGAGAUAUUAAGACAAGCAAUAUAAUGUUGGAUGAAGGAUUCAAUGCCAGAUUAGGAGAUUUUGGGUUAGCAAGGCAAAUUGAGCACGAUAAGUCACCGGACGUAACGGUAGCAGCAGGAACAAUGGGGUACUUGGCACCUGAAUAUCUCUUAACAGGAAGAGCUACUGAGAAAACUGAUGUGUUCAGCUAUGGAGCUGUGGCUCUUGAGGUUGCUAGUGGGAGAAGACCCAUUGAAAAAGUAGCUAGUGGGGGCAAUUUAGUGGAGUGGGUAUGGAGUUUACACAGAGAAGGGAGGGUGUUAAUGGCAGCAGAUGCAAGACUUAAUGGAGAGUUUGAUGAGGGAGAGAUGAGGAAAGUGUUGUUAGUAGGGCUAGCCUGCUCUCACCCAGACCCCUUGGCUAGACCCACAAUGAGAGUUGUGGUCCAGAUGCUGGUGGGUGAGGCUGAAGUCCCAAUUGUUCCAAGAACCAAGCCUUCAAUGAGUUUUAGCACUUCUCAUCUCUUGUUGAGCUUGCAAGACAGUGUGUCUGACCUUAAUGACAUUAUCAAUCUCUCUACUUCCUCGUCAGAGCAUAGCUACAAUGGUGUUGAAAUAGUAUGACCCAGAUGGACGGUUGGUUUAGUCCAUACUCUUUUUUCUUAUUUAUUGACCAUAUAUGCUCAUAAAAACUAUAUAUUGAUUUUUUGUUCAUGUAACACAAUAAUGUAGUUUGAGUAACCAAGGUUUAGGAACCUUUAUGGU